AUGGAUGUCUCGGCAGGCCUUCUCUCUCGCUUCUUUCUGACGGAUGUGUCGCGGGAGGAGGGAAAGAAAGAGAAAGACUUUCUGCCGGAGACAGACGCCGCUGACAAGCGACAUAUUAUUUUGUGUUUGACGUUGGGCAGAAAAUGGAAGUGGCAGCUGCGGCUGCGGCGUCGGGAAACCUUGGGGGCCCCUGAUCAAGACCUUGGGGGCCCCUCAACCAGACCUUGGGGGCCCCUGAUCCAGACCUUGGGGCCCCUGAUCCAGACCUUGGGGGCCCCUGAUCCAGACCUUGGGGGCCCCCUGAUCCAGACCUUGGGGGCCCCUGAUCCAGACCUUGGGGGCCCCUGA